AUGUUCGAGGAGGAGUCCGACGCGGAGGGGGCGGCGGGGGUCGCCUCUGCUGGGGAGGCGCUCCAGGCCCUGUGUCAGGAGCUGAACCUGGACGAAGGGAGCGCGGCCGAAGCCCUGGACGACUUCACCGCCAUCCGGGGCAACUACAGCCUGGAGGGAGAAGUUGUACACUGGUUGGCAUGUUCGUUAUAUGUUGCAUGCCGCAAAAGCAUUAUUCCCACAGUUGGAAAGGGUGUCAUGGAAGGAAACUGUGUAUCACUUACUAGGAUACUCCGCUCCGCUAAAUUAAGUUUAAUUCAGUUUUUUAGUAAAAUGAAGAAAUGGAUGGACAUGUCAAACCUGCCACAGGAAUUUCGUGAUCGUAUGAAAAGGCUAGAAAGAAAUUUUGAGGUAUCUACAGUAAUUUUCAAAAAAUUUGAGCCCAUUUUUUUAGAUAUUUUUCAAAAUCCAUAUGAAGAGCUACCAAAGUUACCACGAAGCAGGAAGCAGAGGAAGAUUCCUUGCAGCGUUAAAGAUCUCUUUAAUUUCUGCUGGACCCUCUUUGUUUACACGAAGGGAAACUUCCGUAUGAUCGGGGAUGAUUUAGUAAACUCCUACCACUUACUUCUGUGCUGCUUGGAUCUGAUUUUUGCCAAUGCCAUUAUUUGCCCCAAUAGACAAGACUUGCUAAAUCCAUCAUUUAAAGGUUUGCCACUUGAUUUUCAUGCCGCUGACUUCAGGGCUCCUGAGGAGCCGCCCUGCAUCAUUGCCCAACUGUGUGAACUGCACGACGGACUUCGGGUUGAAGCAAAAGGAAUAAAGGAGCACUACUUUAAGCCGUACAUCUCGAAACUCUUUGAUAGGAAGAUUUUAAAAGGAGAAUGUCUCCUGGACCUUUCCAGUUUUACUGAUAAUAGUAAAUCAGUGAACAAGGAAUAUGAAGAAUAUGUUCUAACUGUUGGUGAUUUUGAUGAGAGAAUCUUCUUGGGAGCCGAUGCUGAAGAAGAAAUCGGCACUCCUCGAAAGUUCGCUGGUGACACCCCAGUGGGGAAGUGGACAGCUCGGACCAAUGUGGAAUGUCACCUCCAGCACUCUUCUGAAAAAGUUACUCUUCUGUUUUGUAGGUCUUGUAUGCGCAAUCCAAUGGAAAACAUUGCCAAACUAGUUAGAGGGAUAGGAGAGUCUUUCUGCCAGCACUAUACUCAGUCAAGAGAUGAACAGCCAGGCUCUCACAUAGACUUUGCUGUCAACAGACUAAAACUGGCAGAGAUUUUGUAUUAUAAAAUAUUAGAGACUGUAAUGAUUCAGGAAACACGAAGACUUCAUGGAAUGGACAUGUCAGUUCUUUUAGAACAGGACGUAUUUCAUCGGUCCCUGAUGGGCUGCUGCCUGGAAAUGGUGCUCUUUGCCUAUAGCUCACCUCGGACUUUUCCUUGGAUUAUUGAAGUUCUUAAUUUGCAACCAUUUUAUUUUUACAAGGUCAUUGAGGUGGUGAUCCGCUCAGAGGAGGGACUAUCGAGGGACAUGGUGAAACACUUGAACAGCAUCGAAGAACAGAUUCUGGAAAAUUUAGCAUGGAGUCAGGAUUCUGCAUUGUGGGAUGCUCUCCGGGCUUCUGCCAACAAAGUUCCCACCUGUGAAGAAGUUAUAUUUCCAAAUAACUUUGAAACAGGAAAUGGGGGAAGUGUACAGGGACAUCUUCCCAUGAUACCAAUGUCUCCUAUUAUGCACCCACGUGUCAAAGAAGUUAGGACUGACAGUGGGAGUCUUCGAAAGGAUAUGCAACCAUUGUCUCCAAUUUCUGUCCACGAACGCUACAGUUCUCCUACAGCAGGAAGUGCUAAGAGAAGACUUUUUGGAGAAGAUCCACCAAAGGAAAUGCUACUGGACAAGAUCAUAGCAGAAGGAACAAAAUUAAAAAUUGCUCCUUCUUCAUGUAUUAAUCCUGAAAAUAUGUCAAUUUCACCUGGGCAGAGUCUUCUAACAAUGACCACCACUACCAUAACAGGGACAACAGGACAAAAAGUUACAAUCCCAUUUCAUGGUAUUGCAAAUGAUGCUGGAGGGAUCACACUGAUACCCAUUUCCAUGAAUACAACUCCGGAUUGCAAAUUGGAGAGUCCUGUAUCCCUCACUGCUCAAUCAUUACUUGGUGCUUCUCCAAAGCAGACCCAUCUGACUAACACACAAGAAGUACUGCCAACUGGAACAUGCAAACCAAAGAGAACCGGGUCCUUAGCUUUGUUUUACAGAAAGGUUUAUCAUUUAGCAAGUGUACGCUUACGUGAUUUAUGUUUAAAACUGGACAUUUCCAACGAGCUGCGAAGAAAGAUAUGGACAUGUUUUGAAUUUACUUUAGUACAUUGCCCUGAUUUAAUGAGAGACAGACAUUUGGAUCAGCUACUCCUUUGUGCCUUUUACAUCAUGGCAAAGGUAACAAAAGAAGAAAGAACUUUUCAAGAAAUAAUGAAAAGUUAUAGGAAUCAGCCCCAGGCUAAUAGUCAUGUCUACAGAAGUGUCUUAUUGAAGAGUACCCCAAGAGAAGUUGUGACAUACAAUGAAAGCAUAAAUGGUGAUGUUGAAAUGACAGAUUGUGACUUAGAAGAUGCAGCCAAAAUGCCAGACUGUUCCAGUGGACCAGAGAGAGGAGAAAGAGGGGAUCUUAUAAAAUUUUACAACACAGUAUAUGUGGGAAGAGUGAAGUCAUUUGCAUUGAAAUACGACCUGUCAAAUCAAGACCAUGUGAUGGAAGCUCCACCCCUGUCACCUUUCCCGCUUAUGAAGCAGCAGCCAAGCUCACCCCGGCGCAUUUCCCAACAGCAUCCCAUUUAUGUUUCCCCACAUCGGAAUGGGGCAGGCCGCACGCCCAGGAGUGCUCUGUUGUACAAGUUCAAUGGCAGCCCUUCAAAGAGUUUGAAAGACAUCAAUAACAUGAUAAGACAAGGUGAGCAGAGAACCAAGAAGCGAGGACUAACCAUCGAUGGUAAUGCAGAGUCCCCUGCCAAACGCCUCUGUCAAGAAAAUGAUGAUAUUUUACUUAAAAGACUCCAGGAUGUGGUCAGUGAACGAGCACAUCAGUAAUGCCUUGGAGGGCUCUGUACAACAGAUGAGUAGGCCCCAUCUGGGGUAAAACCACUGCUGGGUUGUCUUCAUUGAAAAGAGACGCUGUACCCUUCACACCUUCCAGAUGGCAAAUAUCACCAGGCAUAAGACAAAGUGCACCAAAACUAUGUGCUGUGUUUUUUAUCCUCAUUUGUCCAAAACUGUAGUUGAUAAAGGUAUAUUUUAAAUUGAAUAGGGAUGUUUUCAGUGCCUUUAAGAAAUAUUAAUAAUCAAAAGAGUUCUGCAGUAUUUGAUCUGGGGAUUACUUUGUAAGAUGAAGUAAGAUUAAAACCCAUGUAGCCCAUUCUAGUUCCGCUCAUUUUAAAAGAAAGAAAGAAGUCUCUUGCAUGUUGUCCUAUAAAGGCGCACAUCUCUUUUUGGUAAAGCAUGCUUUGAGACACCCGUGCUUUCAGUCACUGAAGUAGGUUGGCUUCCUUCGUACUUGGUGGCUCCGCAUGCAGUUGCCACUGCUGUCCCAGACUGCUGCCGCCAUUCUCCCCGGUCCAUUCUCAGCCGUGGACCUGAGCCCUGCACCCCCUCCUUGCUUUCCAACCCGAAGCCCUCUUACAUAACUAUACUAACUACAAAAGGGGCAUUUGUUUUUAAACGAUUAGCAUUUUGUUUUUGUAACAUUAGCUUAAUUAUACAUGGUUGUAUUAAAUCAUGUGAUUCUCAAAAUAAGAUGCUGCUUCUCAAGGCAGUAUAAUUCAGAUAGAUUUUUUUAGAAACAGAAUUUCCCAUUAAUGAGGUAGAACCAUGAUAAUGUGUGAGAUGCUAUUUUUAAGCUCAUCAUAAGAUCAGUCAUUCUCAAUGUCUUAAUCAAGUCCCUAUAAAUAUUGGAAGGCUUUUUCGAACCAUGUCAAAAAUCACCUUCUGCCUUGUAAUUCUGAUAGGCAUCAAUAAAGCAACAGGUCCUUCCUGUUCCUUAUGCAUUAUUACUGGUGCAUCGUGAGUUUCCUCUGAGGAGUUGACUUUGGGUCCCCCAGAGAUGCAUCGUUCCAAAGAAUCACCUCCUUAAAUGUCCGUUUUUUUCUAGUGUAUUUCCAGAAUCUGGAGCUACAUGGAUGAGCCAUCCUUAAUUUUG